AUGACGAUCCUCCUACACAACGAUGUCCAGUCCGCGGCGAAUAGACAUGGACAUGCGGACUCUCAAGCUACGAGAAGGCGUCCAAUCAAGGUCGGGGCCAUCUCAGCUUGCCAAAGUGACCGGCUCGAUUCGAUGUUGCAGAUGCUCUCAGGCCCUAUCGAGGUCGAUGCAAUCGUUGGUGACUACCUCGCUGAACUGAACCUUGCCUGGCAUGCCAUGCAAUACGAAGCAGACCCCACUGCCGGUUACGACAAAGGGUUCCUGAAAGCGUUCAAACUAGCAUCUUCCAAGAUCGGCGAGAGGUUCAGAGCCGGCAAACCCAUCAAAUUCGCCGUGAACGCCGGUGCUUUGAACCCCAUCGCCCUCGCAAAGGACCUGAGGCAGUUCCUCGAUAGCGAGCUGGGUGAUGAAGGCAAGAAGUUGAAGAUCGCGUAUAUCUCCGGUGACAACAUCCUUCCCCAGCUGGAGCGCGAUAAUGUGCGGGCCGCACUGCAACACUUUACGGAAAAGGAAGCCACUUACGACGCAUGGCGCAAGGACAAGACGGAGGUUGUGGCCAAUGUGUAUAUCGGCCAGUGGGGCAUUGUGAAAGCGCUGCGGGACGGCGCAGAUAUUGUCAUCACCGGACGAUCCACCGACGCGAGCACACUUCAGGCACUUUCCAGUUGGUGGCACGGGUGGGAAGAAACGGACUACGACAAAAUCGCAUCUGCACUAGUCACGGGACAUCUCGUGGAGUGCGGCACUUAUGUGACAGGAGGUAACUUCGGCGGAUUUAAAGCCAUGGGUGAUAGCUACAUCAAUCUCGCGUUCCCUAUUGCCGAGAUCGCCGCCGAUGGCAGCUCGCUGCUCUAUGAAAUCCAAGGCCGGUAUUACUUCAACCCCGACUGCAUUGCCGACCUGCGCACCGCCCAACUCAGCCCAGAUGGAAAAGACAGAGUCUCCCUCCAUGGAGUCAAAGGUCUGCCCCCGCCCGAGACGCUGAAGGCCUCCGUCCAGUCAUACGGCGGUUUCCAAGCCGAGGUCAACGCUCUCGCCAUCGGCUUGGACGUGGACGAGAAGGCCGAGUCUUGGAAGCGAAUGAGCGAGGCCAUUCUCCGCUCCAAGGAACGGCUGGAAAAGGGGGAGUACUCCCGCUUUGCCAUCCAAUGCAUUGGGCGAGCACAGCCAAACCCACAGGACCAGAACGCCGCCACGGCGCACGUCCGGGUCAUGGCACAGGCUCCGAAGGCGGAGACCCUCUCCGCCGACAACUUCAUGAACCCCAUCAUCGAAAACCUCAUCUCUGGCUUCCCCGGGUUCACCCCGGACAUGGAGUAUCUCCGCACUAGCCUCCCCAAGCCCUACAUGACCUACUUCCCGGGCCUGAUCUCGAGAUACGCACUUGAAGAAGUUGCUGUGCAUACCCUAGACGGCGUGGAGCCUACCCUGGUCCCGCAUCCCAAGAAGACUCUGUCUCCCGCGCAGGUUCCCAGACAGGAGAACUACGAGCCAGCCGACGCGGUAGAUCUGGCUUCCUUCGGAGAAACCAUUGAGAUCCCGAUCGGCUACCAGAUCUUCGCCCGGUCCGGCGACAAAGGCGCCAAUGUCAACGUGGCGUUCUUCCCGCAAUCCGACUCCCGGGAGGAGUGGGACUGGCUGCGGUCGUUCCUGUCGACUGCUAGGUUGAUGGAGAUGAUGGGGCAUGAUGCCAAGGAUGUGGUGAGGUGCGAGCGGGUGGAGUUCCCGAACGUGCAUGCGGUACAUUUUGUGCUGGUGGGGAUCUUGGGCGAUGGGGUGAACUGUACGACGCGGCCUGAUGCCUUGGGCAAGGGAAUGGCGGAGUAUCUUAGGGCUAAAUACGUCCCGUUCCCGAAGAAGUUGUAUCGUGGAUACGAGCAGAGAAUUUGA